AUGUUGACUGAGAAGUCCCACGACAUCAUUGAACCUGCUCCCAGCAGUGACAACGUUUCCAUCGAGAAGGUCGACCUUGAGAACGAUGGAGAGAUCUUCAAGCGUGGAGAAGGCUACGAAGACUUUCGCACGGUGGGAUGGAUACAGACAACAAUAAUCUUCACAAAGAGCAAUGCCAUUCCCAAAACUUUGCUGACCACUGCCUUGUAUAGUCAUCUUCGCAACCGGUGUCUUAACAAUUCCAUCAGCUAUGUACACACUUGGUGCUUUCCCUGGCGCGAUCAAUGUAAAAAUCACCGUUCUGCGUUGCCGUCGAUGCAUUGGCUGACGAGGCGCAACGUGCAGGUUCUCGGGUGGCAGUUCAUUAAUACCUACUGCGCCCAAGUCCAGGGACAAUUCCGCCACAACCACGCCGGUUGCCACAGUAUCGCCGAUAUGGGCAAUCUCGUUGGUGGAAAGAUAGUGAGAGAGAUCACGGGCAUCCUUUUCCUGGUUGCUUUCAUUCUCGUCGGAGCUUCAGGAAUCGUGGGCACAUCCACUGCACUCAACGCUCUUUCCAACCACUCCCUCUGCACGAACUACUUCUCGAUCAUCGCGACUGUCAUGGUCUUCGUCGCUGGAAGCCCAAGAAAGUUUGAGAAAAUCGCUUGGGUCACCUGGGCUGGAUUCCUCUCGGUCUUCACGGCCAUCUUUAUCGUUGUUGUUGGCGUUACUACACUUGAACGCCCAGCAGCGGCUCCUCAAACGGGCGACUUCGACUUCGGCUACCACGUAAUCGGCCACCCUACAUUUGCCGCCGGCAUGGUCGCUGCGUCAACUAUCUUCUGCUCCGGUGCCGGAACAGGUGCUUUCUUGCCCGCCGUGAACUGGUGCAUGGGUUUCGUGACCGCUGCUUACCUAACCUUCAGUAUUGUCGUUUACUGGUAUUGCGGCAAAUGGGUGGCUUCUCCAUCGCUCGGUAGCGCCGGACCUUUGAUCAAGAAGAUCGCAUAUGGCAUCGGCAUUCUUGGUCUGAUGGUUUCUGGGGCGCUCUUCAACCACGUCAGUGCGAAGUACAUCUUUGUCCGAGUCCUCCGAGACUCAAAACACCUUCAAGCCAACUCUUUCGUCCACUGGGGAGUCUGGCUUGGUACCCUGGCCGCAGUCAAUGUCGUCGCUUUCCUGAUUGCCUCUGGUGUACCCAUCUUUAACUACCUCCUCAGUCUUGCAGGUAGUCUUGCUUUCGCGCCUCUUGCGGUUGGUCUACCUGGGUGGUUGUGGAUCUAUGACCACAAGGACUACUGGAAGGGCUCAGUCGUGCAGAAGGUUCUGUACGGGCUGCAUGUUCUUAUGAUUAUCCUUUCGCUCUUCCUAUGCGUUGGUGGAACGUAUGGAGUCAUUGUCCAGAUCAUGGAUGCUUACAAGGAUGGAAGCAUUGACUCAGCAUUUUCCUGCGCGGAUAACAGCAACUCAUCUUAA